AUGCCGGUAUACAACGCAGUGGCGAAGAAGAAACAAGCUGCCCCUACACAGCCAGAUGGCACACCCAAGGCGUCAGAGGUGGAGCAGCAGGAACAAAAGCGUGACGCGGGCCAAAGGAACAAGGAGGUAGCCACUGACAAAAAGCGGGGGGAAAACGGCGACAGCGAGAAGCCCACAACAGUGGAGUUCAGUGAGCCGGCGCAGUGGGUGGAGCGGAUGGCGCUGACGUCUACGCGGCCCCUUCCCGCUGACCUCCACGUCGACGACGAUCCGAAGCGGGAGGAGGCGUUCAUCCAACAGGCGCUGCUCUCUGUGACGCGUGGCAUCUCCUUGCUGGAGGAAGCUAAUGUGCCGUGGCGGCGCCCCGCCGACUAUUACGCAGAGAUGUACAAGGAUGACGUGCAGAUGAGCCGUAUCGCCACGGCGAUGGAGAAGUCAAAGGCACGCAUCGAGGAGCGCGCCCACCGACGUGCGAUGAAGGAUCAGAAGAAGUACGGCAAGGAGGUGCAGGCAGAGGUGCUUCGGCAGCGAGCCAAGUACAAGAGAGAUAUGGGCGAGCGCAUCACCGAGUGGCGGCGCAAGCGGAAGGGCAACGAAGAGCUGCGCGACAUCCUCGACGAUGCCGAGGGAAAUGAAACCGCCUCCCGCAAAGAACGAACGCUGCGGCCGAAAAGUCUCCGCCCCGGCGGCGGCGGCGGCGCCGGAAAAGGCGUCAAGCGGCGCCCCGGAAAAAAUGCGCGCCGCAGGAAGUAG